AUGCCUCUCAACGAGCCCUCGACUCCACCGCCCGAAAAUUUCUCCUUAGCGAAACUGCAAGAAAGCGAAUGCUCCAAGUCACACCAACCUCUCAACCCGACUACGACGCCGAAAACGCAGAUUCCCACAACUCCCACGACACCUUCCCUACCUCCACUCACCACCACGAUCCUCCCGCUGCUUACUGCCAUCCCGGAGUCGUCGUUGACGAAGAUUCGCUCGCUUCUGGCAACGCAUGAUCUUCGCGUGCAGGGUAUUGUCAUGGGUCGUGAGAUAGCACGAGCGGCUGUCAAAGCGCGUGAGCAGAGGAUCGUUGAAUUGGAGGAUGAACUGAGGCAAGCGAAGGAGCUUCGAUCGUUGUGA